CGUGAGGCUGAUAAAACUGAAAGUGCUGCCGCCGCUGUUGCUGCUGCUGCGGCAGCCGCCGCUUUGGUCCGGUUGUUUCACCUUCAAACGCGCGGAGAAGGGGCGGCCGGGCGGGAGGCAGCGCCGCUGAGGAGCAAAGCAUGAACGGGGGAGUGGAUUACCUCGUCUCCGAGGAAGUGAUCGAUCUCACCAGAGGACCUUCAGGUACAACUCCAGAGUGGGGGGUGGGGUGGGGAGAGGGCGGCCGCCGCCGCGUGGGCUUGGAUCGCAGCCUUUCGCUUCCGAGAUCUGACCCGGCCAACUUCCCCGAGCGCCGAGCAACCACCAACUUUCGGAUCUGGGUCCUGACUCUUGAGGUAGUAGGAAAGCGCCCGGCUGAGGCCUGUAUACUUUUUGUCCUUGCGAAGGCGCUUAUACAGAACUUCACUGCGUGGGCGAGAGGACGCCUCUGUUUGGAAAUGUUAAUAAUAGACUGUGCCGACUCGGUGCAGCUUUUUCGGCCUCUCUCUCCACCCCACCCCCUUGCAGCACGAGAGAGAACGGUUCCCACGGCAUUGCAAUCUGGCUCACAUCACAUUGCCUACCAUUUUAAGUCGCUACAUCACACGCUUACCAUUUUGAGUUAUUAUAUAGUUACUGGAUCGAAGGCUUUAAACUUAACCUUCGGCCUCACUCAGAAUUGCAUUGAUUUCUUAAUAGGGCAAGCACAUUUUUUCUUCUUCUGAGAAUAUAUUUGAGGCAAACUGCAUGUAUUUGCAGGUGCAGUGGAACUCUGUAUGAUCUACCCACACACACGAACAGCAGAAUGCAAGACUGAGAUUGCAGCCCUGUGCACACUUGAAUGCAAGGGAGCUUCUGAAUUAGAACAUAAGAAGAGCCUGCUGGAUCAGGCCAAGGGCCCAUCUAGUCCAGCAGCCUGUUCUCAUAGUGGCUAACCAGAUACCUGUGGAAAACCAGCAAGCAGGAUUCAGUCACAAGAGCAGAGCACUCACCCCUCCUAUAUACACAGAUGUAUAGGCUUCCACUUGCUGCAUGAUAGAAGAGUGAGAUAGAGCUGUUGCAGAAAGAAAGGAACUGCCCAUAUCCUAUCAUGUUUGCUACAGUUCAGAAUUUGCCCCAAAAUAAAGCUCAUAAUUCCUCCUUUGAAUACUAAGAUUCAUACAGUACAGGCUACCUUUUCGCAACUUUGGUUCAUUUUGAUUGUUUUCUAAUUUAGCAUAUUUGACAAUUUCAUAUCAUGUGGCCUUGAUUAUUUCCUUUUAACAUUGCCCGAUGGACUAAUCCCAAUGCUAAUAUGAAUUGUGACCUGUGCUAAUGGCAUUCUCCAGUAGAAGAGUAGAAUCAGGGUGUACUCAUCACUCUCUGGCUCAAAAUGAUUCCUAUUAACAUCACAAAAUAUCUUACCCUGCCAUUGCCAUAGUAAAAAGGCAAGCCUCUUUUUAACCAGGAUUUGCAAAUCCUGCUUUCAAAUUUUGAUUAAAGUUGGAACCUUGGUUUAGACAUUGGGUGCGGAUAGAAAAGGUGAAGCACAUUAUGGCUGACUGCGAAGGGAGGGAGCAUUUGAGCCUGCUGCUGACUUUUGUGUUUAAAAGAUUGGCAGCAUCUGGAAUGGAAUCUGGGAUUUGAGAACAGUUUCAGCUUAAGAGCGGUCUCCAGAACGAAUUAAGUUCUUAACCCAAGGUACCACUGUACUAGUGGUUGCAGACUGGAUCUGCACCCCACUUACCCCUCUCAUUGUCAACUCUUCUUUGUAGAAUCUCCUGAAUACUUUUCUGUAGAAAUUUGGCCUUCUUGAUUGCCUGUCCUUUGCUGCCUGGAAAAGUGAGAUGGCAUGAAUAAUGAACUCUAGGCUAGUAGGAUUCAACUGUUUCAGGGCCAGGACUAUGCCUCAACAUGGGGCUUUUCUUCCUUCCUUCCAUAUAUAUCCUUUGCUCUUUAGAGUGACCAGAAGCAAAGGCAGCAGGGCUGCUGUAUUUUUGACAGCUGUAUAAAAGAGGGGAUUUUUUUGUGUGGGCACAGCUUGACAUGCAAGAGUGAAGAUACCAAAAUAUUUUCUUUGACACAUAUAUAAUAGGUGAAGGAAAUCUGUCACCUGUAUCUGGUCACUAUUUCUCACCACCACCAUCAUUCCCCUUUAAAAUUAACAAAGUGGAGCCACUGAUGUGACCGACUAUAGACUGGGCCCCAAUCCACUCACUUUACUCUCUGUCUCUGAAAUGCUGCUUGUUGCUCACAAGCAAUUUCUCACUAACAGUCCAAAUUUGGUCUAGCCAAACCUUCCCCAACUGGGUGCCCUCCAAUAUUUUUUGGCUACAAGUGCUGUUAGCCACAGCCAGCAUCUCUGGUAGUUGGGGAUGAUGGAAGUUGUAGUCCAAGGCAUCUGCUUGGGGAAGGCUGGCCUAGCCUGCUAAAAUUCUUAGCAACUGACAAGGCAACCUGCAUCAGACCUAUUUGAUCUUGCACAAUCCUCAUAGGAUCAUGCCAUUUUCUAGUACAGAUGAAGGAUCACAUGUUUGACCACCUUGUAUCAUCAUCAUCAUCAUCAUCAUCAUUAUUUGCACAUGAGCAGAGAAGAUUUAAUCCUAGCCUUUCUUCUUCCCAUGCUCAGAAGGCAUUUGAGCCGAGGGAACAGUCAGUCACACAUGGAAUCUACCACUUGAGAAUACAGAGCAUGAAGUUCUGGGACCAUGUAGUGUGCUUUUCUUCUUGGAUGAGCCUCAGGAUAUAAAAACAGUAAACGAGGGGCAGAAAAGUGAUUUAUACAUUACUCUUGAUUUUGUGUAUAUAUGUUGAUAAAUGCACAAUUAAUUUUUUUGUCUUGCAAAAAAAAUUGCAACUAGAUAUUCUGUCAUUACGCCCGUAACCUAGCUUUAAGGGGGCAUUAGGUGAAUAGCUAAUACAGUGGUACCUCAGGUUAAGAACUUAAUUCGUUCUGGAGGUCUGUUCUUAACCUGAAAUUGUUCUUAACCUGAAGCACCACUUUAGCUAAUGGGGCCUACUGCUGCUGCGCCGCCACCGCACGAUUUCUGUUCUCAUCCUGAAGCAAAGUUCUUAACCCGAGGUACUAUUUCUGGGUUAGCGGAGUCUGUAACCUGAAGCGUAUGUAACCCGAGGUACCACUGUAUAUUUGAGUUUCUAACACUGGCUUUGUCUGAUUAAGGUAUGUGAAAUGUACAAAUUCAAUUUUACAUAAGGAGACAUUUGCCUGACCUCGUUCUUACGUGAAGAUCGUGUAUCCAGAAAGAAGGCCCUAAAACUAUUGUAAUUUCAGGCUUCUUUCCAAACUGUGUUACUUAACAUUAAAGUGAAAAAUAUGCUUUUACUAGAAUUGGUUUUUGGUUUUUUUAAAAAAUAUAGCAUUGGAGUCAAUCCCAGCUUUUGGCGUAGAGUUCUACUGGCAUAGAAGGAUGGCCUCAGUUGGGUAUUUUGGGUGCCUGGCUUAUUUCUUGUCUUGGUUCUCAUUUCUGUCUACCUUGUUCUUAGGUUUGGGGUUUAAUAUAGUCGGUGGAACAGACCAGCAGUACAUCUCCAAUGACACAGGCAUCUACGUUAGUCGAAUCAAAGAAGAUGGAGCUGCCGCCCUCGAUGGACGCCUGCAGGAGGGGGACAAAAUUUUAGCAGUAAGUAGUUUAGGCCCCUACACAGAAAUGGUUUCAGGUUCAAUAAUAACAGUUUCCUCAAAACUGGCUUAAAGCUGCAAGCUCCUUUGUAAGGAUUUUUUGUGAGUGGAACUCAAGCCCAGCUGAGUUUUUGGUUUCUUUAUGGGUUUGCUCUCCUUCUGAGCAUCCGCUCUGGCUUGGUUCUCCUCCUCAGUGUGACUUUAUUUUACAACAAAUGCAUGGAGGCAUUUCUCCGCCUUUCCAGAGGCAGGUGAUCCAAAGCUGGGAGCUAAUUCCUCCUGCCUGAGAGCUGUUUGUAUCUGCAGUGAAAGGAAGGGAGCUUCCAGGUAAGAUACUGAUGCUGUUCCUCCACCUUUCUAGAAGUUUGGACUGUUUGCCUCUGCGGGAAAAGAAACCUUACUGAUAUCUUCCAAGUUUUCUCCCACCUGCCCAGCUGAAAUUUAAAGUAGCAAAUAUUGCCUCACAGUAAAGGCUCUGUUGCACACUGAAAAUGUAAUAUGUACUCACCGAUGCCCUUAGGUCGUCACACAUCAUUUUUCAUUAUGUGAGCCAUAUAAAAAUGCGCUGUAAAGAGCCACAGAUUUCCCUAGUGUGUUUCUAGAGUAUGCAUUGCUCCCGGUUUGAAGCCACUGUUUAACUUACGCAGCUCCAUUCAUGUAUGUGGUGUUUUCAAGAGUAAGACAAGCAAAUAAGACAAGAGUCCCUGCUCUAAGAAGCUCACAAAUCUAAUUCUUCACAUUGGUGCAUGCUGGGAAACAGAAGGAGAGGCAAGGUGACCAGGGAUGCAAAAAUGCAGUGUGAGAACCAAGCUUCACUGGUCGAGGGUGGAAUUUUCCUGCCCCAAAUUUCUAGUUCUAUUUGUCAACUUACUAUUAUUUUUGCUUUACAAGCAAAUUGUCUUCAGGGCAUCACAGUGCAUUCGGGGGGGGGGGGUGAGAUACGUAACCACGUUUCUUAUAACUCUGGAAAUGUGCUAACUUUUAAUAUUUACAUUGGUGGUAUUUUUAUUGAGCCCUCUUUCUAAACAUUACUCUUGAUUUUAAGUAGAAAUACUCAUUUAUAAGCAACUUUCUUCUGGAGGCAGUGAUGUGGCUAUGUGGACAUCCCUACUGCUUUGUUUUGUUUUUGUCUGAGCCCAUAUGGUUGGAUACUAAGGCUUUCCUGCUCCUCAGUUUAUGUAUGUGUGUCUGCCCCAUCCAACCCUUCUGUUCUCACCUGGAAAAUAGGUGACCUAUGACAAAUCCACAGCAUCUAACAAAAAGCAGGUACACUUAGGCUGGAUAGUAAUUGAUUCAAAUUGGAUUUGUUUAGAAGUACUUGUCGGAAUACUAUCAUAUUGUGCUGCUUAUUUUACAGUGCAGUACUUAAAACAGAUAGGAAUUCUUAAUUGUUCUCAAUGAGAUUUAUCCCAAGUAACGUACAUUUACUGCUGAACACGUAAAGCUUUCCAAUGCCAGCGUGAUUUCACAAGCUUGGGUGCUUGCCGAUAGUUAAGAAGUUAUGGAUUUUCUGUUUCAAGAAUAUAUGGAGAAUCCUGGCCGUUUCACGGCCUGUUCCCAAAAUGUAAAAGGGUGUGAAGCCCUUUGAACACUUACAUACUGUGUCAAUGCUAUAUACAAUCCAGCAUCUAACCUGGCUUGCCUGUGUAUGCCUGAUUUGUUGUUUUAAAAUGGUUUUUUCUCAGGUUAAUGGCAAGGAGCUGAAGAACAUGCUGCACCAGCACGUUGUGGAUCUGUUCAGGACUGCGGGUGAUAAAGUAUCACUAAAGGUUCAACAUAGGGUGUGUAUUAUUUUGUUUCUUGGAACUUACCGCUAUAGCUUGAAAGGUUAUGCCCUGCCAACUGCUGCUUCUGAGGUAAUCCAUGAAGGUGAGGAGCCUUAAGAAGAUGGAGGGGGGGGGGGCAGAAAUAGUUCCUAUCUGGCUGUACAUAUAUUUUAAACAUGAAACUUUUCAAUCCCUGUGUUACUCGCGGUGCCCUUUUUUCUGGUGUUCUUCCACCCACUGGAAAGAUUUUGGAUUGUGUAGUCUCAAGGCAAAUGAGGUCACUACCAUGCUGAAGCUAAACAGGUCUGGGUCUAGUCAGUAUCUGGAUGGGAAUCUGAGAACCCAGUGGCUGCCACCCUGAGUUUAAUGAUGGAAGGAAGUCGGUCUAUAAAUGUAAUAAGCUAAACAAAUAUUUGGGGACGUGGGUGGCGCUGUGGGUAAAACCUCAGUGCCUAGGACUUGCCGAUCGUAUGGUCGGCGGUUCGAAUCCCCGCGGCAGGGUGAGCUCCCAUCUUUCGGUCCCAGCUCCUGCCUACCUAGCAGUUCGAAAGCACCCCUAAGUGCAAGUAGAUAAAUAGGUACCGCUUUAUAGCGGGAAGGUAAACGGCGUUUCCGUGUGCUGCGCUGGUGCUGGCUCGCCAGUGCAGCUUCGUCACACUGGCCACGUGACCCGGAAGUGUCUGCCGACAGCGCUGGCUCCCGGCCUCUUAAGUGAGAUGAGCGCACAACCCUAGAGUCGGACACGAUUGGCCCGUACGGGCAGGGGUACCUUUACCUUUACCUUAAACAAAUAUUUGUUGUUUGUAUGCCCCCAUGGCAGUGUUGGGGAGCCUGCAGGGCUAAUCUGUCCCACCAGGUGGCCUCAUUUGACCUGCCAAGCCAUAUUGGCCAAGCCAUGUCCUCCUUCCCCACACCUGACUUCAUAUAUAACAUGAGGGGAAGGUAAAGAUAUGGCUGGGUCUAAAAAGGGUUUGCAGGCACCUGUUAGGCAGCACCUACAAAGCCCUGUUCUGCAGUGUGAUGUGUCUUCAAGAGUGUCUCUCAGUUCCCUUGUUUCCUAACACUGUAAAUGAUUGCUGUUGCCACACACAUGUGGUCACCUUCAGAAUAAAUCUCACUCAACAUGUGGUAUGCCGAAGGUAAAAUCCUCUCCUUGAUUACUGUAGCAUGGAAAAAGAUUUUCCAACAUCAGCAUCAUAAUUAUAUAAAAAAAGAGUCUCUUGUCCCAAGCAGGUUAUGAUCCAAAGUUUGAGGUUGAAGGUUGUUGGUGGGCUUUGUGGGAAAAGUGGCUGUUGAGGAAGGCGUCUGCAAUCUGCCUUCAACAAUGGCAAGAAUCCAUUCUUUAGAGAUAGGAGACUUUAUGACUUAUCUCAAGCAUAAUGUGGAGGCUAGAUUUGGCGAAGGUAGGACAUUGAAAAUAAAAAAGAAAGUUCGGGUAGUCUCAUUAUUGUGCAAAGAGCACAAGCCGUUUAGGGUUAAUGAAUGUUCAGCUUUGUCAAAUACUAACUUGGAGCAGAAUCACCCUCUGGUUUCCCGACUUGAGGGUCUUGCUCCUGCUUGGCUUGAGAAGUACGUGAUCCUUAGAAAUUGCUUGAGGUUUCUUGCUCUGGCUUGGCUGUCCUCAAUGCUGCUCUCCUUCCUGUUUCAGCUGCUGCCCCAGAAUGGUCCCUCAAGCCACCGAGGGGACGGAGACCCGGGAGGCCUUCCUUUGGCGGUUAUCUUAGUGCCGGGGCUGGCCAUAGUGGCGGCUGCCGUGUGGGCCUUCGUGAGAUAUCGGCAACGGGUGUGACUUGACACCACUUCUUCUGGAAGACCCACAGAUCUACAAAAUAAUUUAAAGAGAGCAAAUCAACAAUCUUAUUCUGGACUGGCAUGGGGGAGGGAAGGAGAGAAUCAUUGCCUGAUGUAAAGUUGCUGCUGCUUGUGAUGUUGGGUAUUUCAUGUAUAUGGAGGUACAGUGAUUGUUUCUGGACUUGGGAUGUCCCACUUCACAGGUUCUGCUGAAGAUGGCAUAAUCGCCUUCUGAUAUUUCUUUUUCUUUUUUUUGUCCCCUGAAUGUUUUUGAAAUGUGGGCUGGGAUGCACAAGAUCUAUACAGUGAGCGUCUCGUGACCAGAGAGGGCUUUUGUCAUCCUUCUACUGCCUCUUGACAAGCUGCUUCUGUAACUUGGGCAAAACUUCUGGAGAAGUUGCGAGCCCAGCUGUGGUUUGGUGGUGCUGUGGGGAGUCAAAAUGCCUGGGAGCAGGCAGCAGCUUCUGCUCGCCUGUUCAAAGAGCCUCUCUGGAUUACAGAUGCAGCAUCUAAGUGGGUUGUUUUUGUUUUUUUGGUAAAUGAAAUUUUAUUUUUUAGAAUUUUCCCUUUUUUCUUUCAAGUUUUCUCACAACCCAUACACAUGCCCCUUGUACUGGGAGAGGAAUGUAUAUAAUGGUUGUGGUGGGCAGACUAUUCUUUUAAAGGUAUGCCUUAGAGAAGGAUACUGAGUUUAGUCUAAGGCUUUUUAGACUAAAGUUCCCACUUCAGGUGGAUUGCUGGUACAAAAUAAGCCAUAAGUGUUGGGAUUGCCCUGAAAGGGCAGGAGGUGGCCUUGCGUAACAGGGCCAUGUGGGGAAGGGAAUGAGGUGCCAGCCACAGAGGCUGCUUAGGUUUUGUUCAUGGACUUGGAAAUACGUUCCAUUGAAAUUGGUGGGGUUGAUUCCCAAGUAAGUACAUGCAUAGGAUUAGAAUACAAGGAAAAGGUUCAAAUGAGAUGUAACAGGAAGCCCUAGUUACAAUGAGGGAUCGUGCUCAGCUUCUUGAGAAGAAGCAUGAAUCCAUUGGGGUGAAAAAAAGCAUGAAAUAUUAAGUAAGUCUUCCCCAAACUGGUGCACUCCAGAUGCUAGUAGGACUACAACUCCCAUGAUCCUUGACCAUGCCAUCUCAGGGUAAUGGGAGUUGGAGUCCAGCAACAUCUGGAGGGCAUCAAGUUGGGGAAGUGCAUUAAGGCAACGCAAAACUUGGGGGGGGGUCUAAUCAAAGAGUGCAGCUUUCCGUUUAUGGAAAGCUAUAUUGGGGUAGAAUAUUCAUUUUCCCUGUGAUACUUCUCUGCCAAAGUGGAUGCAUCUUCAUGAGGGGUGUUUGUCUACCCAACAGUACUCUUUAUGGAGAAGAACUGAGUGAUGUGGCUUCUAGGAAGCGUAGCGAUAGCUAAUAUUUACUUGGGAGAAUUAAUUUGGUGACACGUUUACUUUGGAGAAACAAAGCUAGCCUUGCCCACUCUGAUUGUACAUCUGCCCAGGAGAUGCCUGUGCUACCAGUUUCAUGCUUCCGGCCAAGUCAGCAUUGGGGCAGGGGAGGAGAAAGUUCAGCUAACUGUCACUGGACUGUCAUGGUACAACUAGGUGUGUUGAACUAAACUCACCUUGCUGCCUUGAACAGUUUGGGCAGGAAGAUCAAUGCUUGAGCUGAAGAUCAGCGACUGCAAACCCCAGAGGACAGUGUGUGUCAUACUGCAUCCUUAUUAACCCAGUUCAUCUAUCAUGGUUCUUGACACCUUUAGGAAGUAGGAAAAUAUUACGCAUGGCCCCAUUGCAUUCCCUUGCCUUUGCUUAAGCAGUGAUAAUAUGAGUGUUAUAGUCAACUGACAGCUAACCUUGCAAUGAUCUGGGGUAAAUUCAGUGUUCAUUUCAGAAGGACAAAAGCUGUAAUCCUAAGCACAGUUACUAGGAAGUCAAUCCAAUGGAACUCUGGAGAUUCCUUCUAAGAAAUCAUGUUUUGGGUUGAGAGAUCAAAUUAGUUCCCCCGGUCCUGGAGUACUGAGUGUCUCUUUCAAGUAAUGAACAUUGCAUGUUCAUGCCAUACAUCAUCUAACUGAAGAGCCUGAAUAGAUUCCUAUAAAUGCCCAGUACAGUUUUUGAGCCAUAAUCUGUGGGCCUUGCUGCGACGAACCAUUUUUUUAAUAGAGGUGUUAAAUGAUGUUGAGAUGGGACGCAAAGGAAAGGCAGCGACAACUUCACUUUCAAGACAAUUCACCUUCCCACGUGGAUUGCAUUUUACUGUUCGAUGGCUUGAGCAGCAUCCGUUUCACGUUUCUUUGAGCGAAUGUGUUUCCUGUACUUUGCAAAAGAACGUUGAUGUGAGAGAUCUGUAUGAUGCCAAAAAAAAUCACAUAUGCAAUAUAUAUAUUGAGACUAUAAAUUGUAGUCUAACAGUGC